ACCUUAAGAAUUUGUUUUUAAGUUUCAUUCAAACUAAGCAUUCUUAUAGAAUAAUAUCAAUCUAGAUUUUCAUUGCCCUUGCCUUUGUGAUGUACGUGUGUACGUUCAGUAAAAAAGAACAGAUCGAAAGAGAAUAUUGAAGGAAUAAUACACUGAAAGAGAGCUUUAUUCAAGACUUAAUAUACAGCCACAAAAUAAUGGCUUCACCAAGUUCCAACCUAGGACUACUUCUGGCUCCACUGAAGUUGCACAAUAGUCUCGAGACUUGUCGCAACUUGGAGCGGUAUCCACCCUAUGGGCCAUUCUAUGGGAUAAUGGGCGUAGUGUCGGCAAUAGUAUUGUCCUCGUUUGGGGCUGCCUAUGGCACCGCUGUGUCCGGAACGGGCAUAGCCGCCACGGCAGUGAUGCGUCCCGAGUUGAUCAUGAAGUCGAUCAUUCCCGUAGUGAUGGCCGGAAUUAUAGCCAUCUAUGGACUGGUGGUGGCCGUGCUGAUCGCUGGUGUUUUGGAUACUAGCAAUACGUAUUCGCUGGCCAAAGGAUACGUCCACCUGGCAGCGGGACUAUCCGUAGGAAUGACUGGACUGGCCGCCGGAUAUGCUGUUGGUAUUGUUGGCGAUGAGGGUGUGCGACACACUGCUCUGCAGCCGCGUCUCUUCGUUGGGAUGAUUCUAAUUUUGAUAUUCGCUGAGGUACUGGGACUGUAUGGACUUAUCCUCGGCAUCUACAUGUAUACGGUGGAUGUUUAAUGCCCCGAAACAAAUUUGAAAGUUAACGUGCUGUCUCAAAACUAAAAACAGUUCUUGUUCAAAAAAUCUGGCAGCUGUUUACCUAAUACACACACACACGCGGUGGCAGCCUCAUAAAUAAUUUUCUGCAGUUGAAACUUGGCACAAAUUACUCAAUAACAUUGUCACACUCGAUUAAAAUGCAAAUAAAACAUAAAAAACACAUA